GAAGCGUCGCCGGCAUUUCCGGGGAGGGCGGAAGCGCUGCCAUGGCGGCGCCCGACGCUGGUGCCACCGAGAAUCACGAAGAACCCGCGGCGGAGGCGUUGGCCGCGGCCCUGGAGCGGAGCAGCCGCUUCCUGAGCGGCCUGCAGCUGGUGAAGCAGGGCGCCGAGGCGCGCGUGUUCCGCGGCCGCUUCCAGGGCCGGGCGGCCGUGGUGAAGCACCGCUUCCCCAAGGGCUACCGGCACCCGACGCUGGAGGCGCGGCUCGGCCGGCGGCGGACGGUGCAGGAGGCGCGGGCGCUGCUGCGCUGCCGCCGCGCAGGGAUCUCUGCCCCAGUGGUCUUUUUUGUGGACUAUGCUUCCAACUGCUUGUACAUGGAGGAAAUCGAAGGCUCAGUUACGGUGCGAGAUUAUAUCCAGUCCACCAUGGACUCGGAAAGAGCCCCCCAGAGCCUCUCCGGCUUGGCUAAGGCGAUCGGGCAGGUGUUGGCUCGGAUGCACGACGAAGACCUCAUCCAUGGGGACCUCACGACCUCCAACAUGCUCCUGAAGCCCCCGGCGGAGCAGCUGAGCAUCGUGCUCAUCGACUUUGGGCUGAGCUUCGUCUCGGGGCUUCCGGAAGAUAAGGGCGUGGACCUGUAUGUCCUGGAGAAGGCCUUCCUCAGUACCCACCCGAACACCGAGCCCGUGUUCGAAGCCUUCCUGAAGAGCUAUGCCAGCGCCUCCAGGAAGGCCAGGCCAGUGCUCAAAAAGCUGGACGAAGUCCGGCUGCGGGGCAGAAAGCGGUCGAUGGUCGGGUAGGACGCGUGGCGGCUGCACCGGCUAAGCCGAUUCUUCAGAGUAAAUCUGAACUCUACAAACGUGAGACGAGGCCUCAAUAAAUGUGUCGAGCUGUUUUUAA